GGGGAGGCGGCGGCGGGGCGGCAGGUGGUGCCGAGCAGCCGCAGGACGGAGCGGAUCGCAGCCGCCAUUAGACAAUAGGCGGCGGCUCGGGGCAGAGCGGCGCGGGGCGGCCGCGGGGCCGGGCCCGGCGCGGACAAAGGCGGAGGAAAAGAAGGAGGAGGAGGAAGGGGGGGAAAAAAGCAAAGCAAACAAACCGGGAACGGAGCGGUGCGGUGGAGCGGUGGACCGCUGAGUGCGGUGAGCCGGGCUGCAGCCUGACAUGAUGUUUCCACAAAGCCGACACUCGGGCUCCUCUCACCUGCCGCAGCAGCUCAAGUUCACCACCUCCGACUCGUGCGACCGCAUCAAGGACGAGUUUCAGCUCCUGCAGGCCCAAUAUCACAGCUUGAAGUUGGAAUGCGACAAACUGGCCAGCGAGAAAUCGGAGAUGCAGCGUCACUACGUCAUGUAUUACGAGAUGUCCUACGGGCUGAAUAUUGAAAUGCACAAACAGGCUGAAAUCGUCAAGAGGCUCAAUGGGAUCUGUGCACAGGUUCUGCCCUACCUUUCACAGGAGCACCAGCAGCAAGUCCUGGGAGCCAUUGAACGAGCCAAGCAGGUGACGGCACCGGAGCUGAACUCCAUCAUCCGUCAGCUCCAAGCCCACCAGCUCUCGCAGCUCCAAGCCCUGGCGCUGCCUCUGACUCCGCUGCCCGUGGGGCUGCAGCCCCCAUCCCUCCCCGCCGUCAGCGCCGGCUCCGGCCUCCUUUCGCUCUCGGCCUUGGGCUCCCAGGCUCACCUGGCCAAGGAGGACAAGAACGGCCACGACGGGGACGCCCACCAAGACGACGAUGGGGAGAAAUCAGAUUAGAGUGAAGGGGUCGGGGCUGCUGGGUGUGGGGGGGCGUCCGUGCCAGACGCAGCAGCCGCAGGGCAGCAGCGCCCCAGGGCAGCGCCGUGGCAGCCGCUCUGUGCCCCCGGCUUCGUCCCGCUCCGUUCUGGGGGCGCUGCACCCACUGCUCCCCUCGGUAUUUAACGAUGACCCUCGGUCCUACAGGUUUCUGCACAACUCCCUGCCCCAACGACCCCCCCCCCCAUCCCCCAAAUCUC